AUGGAAUUCGAUAACGGUUCAAAUGACUUUCAGAUACAAUCGAAUCAAUUAUUAAGCGAAGGGCCGUUGAAGAAAAGAAUCAGAUCGGGUGCUAAUGCCAGAGAACGAGACAGAACUCAAAGUGUAAACUCGGCUUUUGAUGUUCUACGGGCCAUGAUACCCAUUGAUCCUCCCGACCGCAAACUAUCUAAAAUAGAAACAUUACAGUUAGCCACGAAAUACAUUAGUCAUCUGUCCCAGAUCCUGAAUUCUGGAGAAGAUAGUGAACAAGCACACAGUUUCUACGAUGUAUGUAUAUUUUGUUUAACAAAUAAAAUCAAUUCUUGA